GACCUGAUAGAAAGUGACUGCACAAGUAACUCAGAGCUGGCAAACUCGAACAACACAACGUUUUUAGUAGUGACGACACUCACAGUCUUUUCGUAUGAAGAUGACAGAAAAGAUGUCUGCGUCUCUCGUGUUGUGUCUGGUGACCUUCGCCAUAACGUCAACAACUGGGAUGCCUCUUCCACUGAAACGGGACCUGGCCAGUUCAAGCGAGAAAAUUCUAGACGUGUUAAGCCAGGCGUCUAAGUUCGACAAGUUGGCCAAGUUCAGUGUCAACUUCUACCAGACUAAAGACAAGGGCCUGCUGCAAAACGCCUUUGACCUCGUGGACUCUGAUGGUGACGGCAAGCUGUCAUAUGAUGAACUACUGUAUUCUCCCUACGUUUUAUCACUACGUGUAUGCGGUAACGAUGAAAAAGACGACGAUGAAGAGAGAGAGACGAACAUCCUGAAGUGUGACCAACAGAUUCUGGUGCAUUGUGGGAACGUGCUAGUGGACAACAUCGUAGCGACGGACGAGACUUCCGUCUGUACAGCAUUUGCGGUAAAGCAACCAAAACCAUUUUUGUAG